AUGGACAGCAUGGACAAUGACUAUUCCCGCUUUGAAAACCCAUUGUGUAGCGAACUGAAGUAUUUCUGUAGGAAAAUGCAAGAAGCCUACAACGAAUUAAAGGACGACCUCACUCCGUACCGCGACGAUCGAUUCUACAGGCUCGCCCCCAUGAGACUCUACACUCUCUCCAAGAGGCAUUUUGUUUUGGUGUUUGUUGUUUUCCUCAUCUGCUUCACGGUAACAGUCUUCAUCGGCAUCACAGGACCAAAGAUCAUAAACGAGACAAAUGGAGUGGGAACUAAGACUGAAAGAAACAGUACACAGCUGAAGUCUCCGCCCCUGUCCAACUACCACCAGCAGCUCUGGCUCACCUGUGUCAUCCAGAUGUCCAGAAGCAACGCGAACGAUUUUAAACAGGACAUUGAGAUGGAUGUGGAGCUGAGGGGUGUUACACAAGAUGCCAGCGUCAUGGACAUCACUGACAACGUGCAUCAUAAAACACGAAAACUGCACUGCAAGGCCGUGUGUGAUGAGAUUAUCGUGGUGCACCUGGGUUAUCUGAAUUAUACGCUGUACGAGAUUAGCGUCAGUUUCCGGGGUCUGGAGAAGCUGCCGUUGGACAUUAGAAACAUCUCAUUUGUGUGGAAGACGUACAAUCCCGCCUUCUCUCAGGUCGAGAUCUGGUUCCGAUUCGUGUUUGUCGUGCUCACCUUCAUGGUCACGUGUAUGUUUGCUCACUCGCUGAGGAAGUUCUCCAUGAGAGACUGGGGAAUCGAACAGAAGUGGAUGUCCAUUCUGCUCCCGAUGCUUCUGCUUUACAAUGAUCCCUUCUUCCCGCUGUCAUUCCUGGUGAACAGCUGGUUUCCAGCGGCUCUGGAUGCUUUUUUCCAGUCUCUGUUUCUCUGUGCGCUUCUGCUCUUCUGGCUUUGUGUUUACCACGGGAUCCGAGUGCAGGGCGAACGAAAGUGUUUGACCUUCUAUCUCCCCAAACUGCUCCUGGUCGGGCUGCUGUGGAUCUCUGCCCUCACACUGGGCGUUUGGCAAACGGUGAACGAGCUGCAGGACCCCACCUAUCAGUAUAAAGUGGACAUCCAGAACUUUGAGGGGGUGAAGAUUUUCUUCCUGGUGCUGGUGGUGCUGUAUGCCCUGUAUCUCGUGUUCCUGGUUGUCAGAGCGUGCUCAGAGCUGAAGAACAUGCCUUACUCAGAUCUGCGUCUGAAGUUCCUCACCUCGCUGACGUUCGUAGUGAUCCUGAUCAGCAUGGUGAUUCUCUACCUGAGGUUUGGCUCCAAGGCGCUGCAGGACAACUUUGUGGCCGAGCUUUCAACGCAUUAUCAAACUGCAGAGUUUCUGUCCUUCUAUGGCCUCCUCAAUUUUUACCUCUACACGCUAGCCUUUGUGUAUUCUCCUUCCAAAAAUGCCUUGUAUGACUCCCAGCUGAAGGACAACCCUGCCUUCUCCAUGCUCAACGACUCUGACGACGAGGUCAUUUACGGGAGCGACUAUGAAGAGAUGCCUCUGCAGAACGGACGUGCGAUUAAAGCCACAUCCCGUUACCACGACGACAGUGACAGCGACUGAUCCAGACCCGACCAGCGCUUCCUGUGGAUCCUGUCAGUGAAUGGAACCACUUCAGUUGAAUCAUGCCAACCUUAUGAUGUGUAAUGUUCUACAGAGAUGAAUAUAUUUUAAGAUAAAAAAAAAAGAGAUGGUGUGGAAAUGCUGGUGAGAGCAGACGUCUUGUCCUUGGCCGUGAGACGAUGGACUCUUUCUGUGAGAGGCAGAGACACGGGCCUUUGCUCUGUUCCCUGCCUGUCAAUCAUGCCGUUAAAGGGAAAAGUGCUAAUAGAAUAUUACAAAAAAAAAAACAACCAACCUUAUCCUAUUUUUAAAUGAUUGUAGAAUUUCUUUAUAUUUUGGUUUCUAUUUUUGUUGUCUCUGUUCAGUUGUCAGCUGUGUGCUUUCUUUAAAGAUUACAGGCAGUGGUUUUCUGUGCCAAUGAAGAUCACGUGGUGGUACGAUGUUAUAUUGUCAUUUUUUAACCCAGCCCCCGAAAAACAGCAGAUUUAGACUGAAAACAGCACCAGGACUGAAUGACCUGCAUCUGGACAGCAGAGACCAGGUCUCUCUGGGCCUCUGUGGUUUUCCUCACUCACACAGAGACCAGGUCUCUCUGGUCCUCCGUGGCCUGGCUGCUGUCAGUGUACCAUACGGCGACUGUUGGCAUUAUUCUGGGUCACGCGGUGUCCUGCUGCUCACUCAUACUGUCACACACGUGACGGUUUUUGGUGAGGAGAAAACAUGGAGACAAAACAUCCCAGUGUCUGCCCAGCCUGUUCAGUGUGUGGAACAUAGGCUGUAAGCGGCUGAGGUCACGGUAAAACCUAUGUCCUGCCCUGUUAUGUCCUGUCCUGUCCGGCGUCUGACUGCUGUACAUUCUCUCCAAGUCAGUAUUCAUUCAAAAACACACACACAGCACUUAGAGAUUUAGUCAUUCUCUGAAAACACACGUCAAUAUUACAGCACAGUCACUCAGCCAGACUUACAUACCAAACAUGUUGUGUCUGAAACCAUUCUGAAUCUCCUCUCCAGUGAAGUGUAUGGAUACACUGGACAGAAGAAUCCCUGGGGAGAAGCCCAAGGCUUAACGGUACCUGUGAUCUGUAACUGCCAAUCAGAAAAGCAUUGCCUGUGAUCUUAACGGCCAAUCAGAAAUCCGUUGUCUGUGAUCUGUAACCCGGUUGCUAGGAGCCGCGUGUGGUGGUGUAAAUGUUUGUAGACUCCUGGGCCAAACUGUCACUGUUGCUUUUGCUUUUGCCUGCAUGAGUCUGGCACAG